AUGAUGCUAUUAAAGUAUUCAUCUCGAGGAGGUAGUGGUUACACAGCGUUGUUUCUGGUGACUUCGCUCGCGUCCCGAGGCUCCACGCAGGCAGCGUUCGUGACCAGGAAUAAGCUGCCAGUACUUAAAGCAGACGCCAUCAAAUACAUUAUAACGUUCAUGUCACUACUACCCAAGAACCUGUUCGCAACAGCUCUACCAUUACUGAUCAAACAUAUUGGUGUUGGUGACGUAGUAAGCUGUAGAAAAGCUGCUAGCGGGAGGCCUAGCGACCAAGACACAGCUGGAGCCCAUAGUUAA